AUGUCGGGAAGCUUGACGAGAUAUAUUUUAACAUUCUUGUGCGUCAACUCCGUAUCGCCGAUCGCCGCGGAAGUGUCCGGUUCUACCGGGGGAAGAGGCUCUCUGUUCUUCUUCUUCUUCUUCCAUGAACUGCGCCUGUUUGACAUUGUGUUUGUCGCUUUUCUGGUAACCUUAGCUGCCUUUUGUGCAGGUUAUUCACUUGCAAAAACGUCAAACUACGUUCCCCGGAAACUACGAAGGCCUCUCUCGAUGGCAGGGGAAAGAUGCCCGUGUUCUUUGCCGCAAGGGCUACGCCUGCACCUGAUGGCGCGCCCUCCGCACAAACCGGUGCACGACAGGUCAGCGAUAAGCAACGAGCGUGGAGGGUAG